AUGGAGACUGCGAAUUUGAUGCCUACCCCAAUGAUGUCCUACACAAAGCUUUCAGCUCAUUACUCGGAACAUUUUCAUGAUCUCAGACUAUACAGAUCAAUAGUUGGUGCACUUCAAUAUCUCAUAAUAACAAGAUCAGAUAUUGCCUUUGCUGUUAAUAGAGUAUCUCAGUUUAUGCAUCAACCAACAUUGCUGCAUUGGAAGUGUGUAAAAAGAAUUCUGAGAUAUGUGAAAGGUACAGUAGAUCAUGGAUUAUUAUUUUCUAAAUCUACUGAUUUUAGGUUGUUGGCUUUUUCAGAUGCUGAUUGGGGUGGAGGUCUAGAUGAUAAAAAAUCAAUCACUGGAUUUUGUGUUUAUCUUGGAAGCAAUCUGAUCUCAUGGAAGAGUAACAAGCAGACAAAGGUGAGCAAAAGCAGUACUGAAGCAGAAUAUAGGGCAAUGUGUGCUGCACAAACUGAGCUAAUGUCCAUACAGCAGCUUUUGGGAGAGGUUCGAAUCCCAUAA